UCAAAAGCCAAACUUCAGAGAGUAUAGAGAAAAUGUAAACAUAACAUAAGCAAAGAAAAAGUAUUCUUUCAAAAAUACCUAGUAAUAACUAUUUUACGCAAUUGCAUAAUUUUAUAAAUAUAAAAAUGGAUAAAACCCAACUUUCAGCGGUACUCCAAGUACUGAAAAAAUACAAUUUAAAGGGUACGGAAGAAAUCUUACGAAAAGAAGCAAACAUCGCAGACAAUAUAGAUUCCGAAGCUUUAAAUCAAGAUACAGACGUUAACAGCGUUCUAUCAGGCUACAAAAGCGAUGGUGAUCCAGAGGCCUAUGAUGCUGCUUAUUCAGACCUAAAGAGGUUUGUGGAGAGCUCCUUGGACAUCUACAAACAUGAAUUAGGAGCUAUACUAUUCCCCGUUUUAGUCCACAUGUAUUUAGAAUUAGUUUAUAACGAUCACCCCAACAAGGCUAUUGAAUUAAUGAAAAAAUUUGGCCCGGAACAAGAUUACUAUUAUCAAGAAGACUUAAGGAAAUUAGCGAUGAUCAUUAAGAAGGAGCACAUGAAUGGAAAUGAGAUUGCAGAAACUUUUAAAUCUAAUCAGUUUGUUAUCAGGAUAUCUAGAGAUACAUUGAGUUUGUUAAAGAGGCAUUUAAAUGAAAAAAAAAGCUCUAUUUUGUUAAAUAUCAUUCAGGAUCAUUUGUAUUUUGAUAUGUAUGAAGGGGUUGCUAGGAAUAAGAGUCAGAUUGAUGCCACUGCUGGUUCAAUUGGGGGUGAAAUAUCCAGAUAUAAUAAAACGAAGGUGUAUUAUGGGAUACCAAAGGGUCCAGAUCCAGCAACCAUAGCUGCACCAAUAGAAGACGAGGAAGGUGAAGGAGGUGAUCAGGACAAUCCCGACAAACCUAAGAAGAAAAAAGCCAAAAAGGACCCUAUGUUUUCUAAGAAAACAAAGUCAGAUCCUAACGCCCCUCCUCCAGAUCGAAUACCUGCUCCGGAAUGGAAAGAUAAUGAUAGGGCUGAAAAAUUCAAGGCUUGCAGGGAAGCAUCUAAGAGAGUGACAUUAGGACCUGAUUCUCUGCCAUCUUGUUGCUGUUACACCCUACUAAACGCUAAUUAUACAGUUUGCUGUGCUGAAAUAACGGAAGAUUCCAGUAUGGUAGCGGUAGGUUUUAAUGAUUCGAUAGUAAAAGUUUGGACUCUAGUACCCCAAAAGUUGAAGUCCAUGAAGAGCUCUGAGCAGUUAGAAGACGUCAACAUUGAAGCUGACGACGUUUUGGUCCGUAUGAUGGACGAACGUUCUGGAGAAACUUGCCGCACUCUUUGUGGACACGGCGGUCCCGUAUAUUCUGUCUCCUUCUCUCCAGAUCGUACACUUCUACUCAGCUGUUCUGAGGACUCUACGAUCAGAUUGUGGAGCCUACAAAUAUGGACUUGUCUAGUCGUGUACAAGGGACACAUGUUUCCUGUGUGGGACGUCAAGUUUUCGCCGUUGGGGUACUAUUUUGCAUCCGCUUCGUAUGAUAGAACUGCGAGAUUAUGGGCCACGGACCAUUAUCAGCCCUUGAGAUUGUUUGCUGGGCAUUUUUCCGACGUUGAUUGUAUCCAAUUCCAUCCGAAUUCUAACUACGUGGCGACGGGUUCCAGCGACAGACGAGUAUGUUUAUGGGACUGCACCACCGGCAAUCACGUACGGAUCAUGACAGGACACAAAUUGCCCAUCCAUUCUUUAGCGUUCAGCAUCGACGGUAGAUAUUUAGCGUCAGCAGGAGCCGAUUGUAAGGUUUUAAUAUGGGACUUGUCUCAUGGUCAUUUGGUAGCUGAAAUGACUGGACAUAGUAAAACGAUACAUUGCCUGUCAUUCAGCAGAUGUGGCAACAUCUUGGUUUCAGGUGGUUUGGACUGUUCAUUAAAAAUUUGGGAUUUCAGUAAGCUGAUAGAAGAAAAUAAUUCGGAAGAGGUGAACGUUUCUCACAAUCCGGACGUGAAAUCUGGCGAGACGUACCUUCUGAGAAGUUUUGCCACAAAAAGUUCACCUCUCAUCAGUUUGCACUUCACAAGAAGGAAUUUAUUGAUAGCUGUUGCACUGUUUGAUGGGGUGAACACGUAAAUAUAUUAUAGUUUAUGAAAUAAAAAUUUGUAUCUAUUA